AUGGUGGUAGCGGUAGUAGAGCUAGUGGUAGUGGGGGUGGUAGAAGUAUAUAGAAGUGGUGUUAGUAAAGUAGUGGUGAAAGUGGAAGUGGCGGUUAUAGUAGUAGAAGAAGUGGUAGUGGUAGUGGUGGUUGCAGUGGUGGUAGUAGCAGUAGUAGUGGUGGCAGUGGUUGUGGCUGUGGUGGUAGUAGUAAUAGUGGUGAGCGACAGUGUUGGUGGUAAUAGUAGCAGUGGCGGUUGUAGUGGUACUGGUAAUGUUAGUAGUGGUGGUAGGUAUGGUGGUGGUAGUGGUAUUAGUAGAAGUGAUGGUACCAGUAGUAGUAGAAAUGAUGUUGGUAGUAGUAGUGGUAGUAGUAGUAGAGGUGGCGGUAGUGGUAGAUGUGGUGUUAGUGGUAGUAGUGGCGGUGGUGGUAGUGGUGAUGGUGGUAGUGAUAGUAAUAGUAGUGGUGGUGGUAGUUCGAACUAA